CAGGCCGGCUCGGGUCCAUUGGCCGGCGGGGUGAGGGGAGGAGCCGCUGGCUCUAACCGCCGCUAUGUUCCUGGGUUGUCUGAGCCGCCUGCUGAAGCCUGCGCUUCUGUGUGGAGCUCUGACUACGCCUGGCUUGACUGGCAUUAUGUGCGCUUCUCGGGAUGACUGGCGCUGCUCUCCUUCUAUGCACGAGUUCUCUGCCAAGGACAUCGAUGGGCACAUGGUUAGCCUAGACAAAUACAAGGGCUUCGUGUGCAUCGUCACCAACGUGGCCUCUCAGUGAGGCAAAACCGAAGUGAACUACACUCAGCUUGUCGACCUGCACGCACGGUAUGCUGAGUGUGGUCUGCGUAUCCUGGCCUUCCCUUGCAACCAGUUCGGGAAGCAGGAGCCAGGGACUAACGAGGAGAUCAAGCAGUUCGCCGCUGGCUACAACGUCAAGUUUGAUAUGUUCAGCAAGAUCUGUGUGAAUGGGGAUGAUGCCCACCCCCUGUGGAAGUGGAUGAAAGUUCAGCCCAAGGGGAAGGGGAUGCUGGGGAAUGCCAUCAAAUGGAACUUCACCAAGUUUCUCAUCGACAAGAAUGGCUGUGUGGUGAAGCGGUAUGGCCCCAUGGAGGAGCCUCUGGUGAUUGAGAAGGACCUGCCCUGCUACCUGUAGCCCCACAGUUGCACCCCGCCGAGCCCCUGCCUGCCCCGAGCCUUCUACCUGGCACCAUGACGGCCUGCCUGCAAACCAGUGUGCUGGUGAGGCAGACCUGAGGAUGCGUGCACCGCCAGACAGAGGAGCGGCCACGGCCUGGGCUCGGCGACCACCCUUGCCGCCUUGUGGGAAUAAAGCAUAGAAGUGGGCA